GGUCCCGCGGCCCAGUCCGGUCGCCAGCUCUUGCUCUGAUCAUCGCCCGCCAGCCGCCGCGCUGCACGCUCGGAGCGCCCCCUCGGCCCCGCUGGGGACCGGGGACCCCGCAGUCGCCUUCAUGCUACCGGUACUCUACACCGGCCUGGCAGGGCUGCUGCUGCUGCCUCUGCUGCUCACCUGCUGCUGCCCCUACCUCAUCCAGGACUUACGGUACUUCCUGCGGGUGGCCAACCUGGCCCGGCAGGUGCGCAGCUACCGGCAGCGGCGGCCGGUGCGCACCAUCCUGCGGGUCUUCCUGGAGCGAGUUCGCCAGACCCCGCACAAGCCCUUCUUGCUGUACCGCGAUGAGACGCUCACCUAUGCCCAGGUGGACCGGCGCAGCAACCAAGUAGCACGGGCGCUGCACGACCAACUGGGCCUGCGACAGGGGGACUGCGUGGCCCUCUUCAUGGGCAAUGAGCCGGCCUACGUGUGGAUCUGGCUGGGACUGCUCAAACUGGGCUGCCCCAUGGCGUGCCUCAACUACAACAUCCGUGCCAAGUCUCUGUUACACUGCUUCCAGUGCUGCGGGGCGAAGGUCCUACUGGCCUCCCCAGAGCUACAAGAAGCUGUUGAAGAGGUCCUGCCAACCCUGAAAAAGGACGGCGUGUCCAUCUUUUAUGUAAGCAAAACUUCGAACACAAAUGGUGUGGACACAUUACUGGACAAAGUGGACGGAGUGUCGGCAGAACCUACUCCAGAGUCCUGGAGGUCUGAAGUCUCUUUUAACACGCCUGCAGUGUACAUUUAUACUUCGGGGACCACAGGUCUCCCAAAAGCUGCAACCAUCACUCACCAUCGCCUGUGGUAUGGAAUCGGCCUUGCUUUGGCAAGUGGAAUUAAGGCCCAUGAUAUAAUCUACACCACUAUGCCCCUGUACCACAGUGCAGCACUUAUGAUUGGUCUCCAUGGAUGCAUUGUGACUGGGGCUACUUUUGCUCUGCGAAGCAAGUUUUCAGCCAGCCAGUUUUGGGACGACUGCAGGAAAUACAAUGCCACUGUCAUCCAGUACAUCGGUGAACUGCUUCGGUACCUGUGCAACACACCCCAGAAACCAAAUGACCGUGACCACAAAGUGAAAAUAGCCCUGGGAAAUGGCUUAAGGGGAGAUGUGUGGAGAGAGUUUAUCAAGAGAUUUGGGGACAUCCAUGUUUAUGAGUUCUACGCUUCCACCGAAGGCAAUAUUGGAUUUCUGAAUUAUCCAAGGAAAAUUGGUGCUGUUGGAAGAGCCAACUACCUACAAAGAAAAGUUGUAACAUAUGAGCUGAUAAAAUAUGAUGUGGAGAAAGACGAACCCGUCCGUGACGCAAAUGGAUAUUGCAUCAAAGUCCCCAAAGGUGAAGUCGGGCUCUUGGUUUGCAAAAUCACACAACUUACGCCGUUUAAUGGCUAUGCUGGAGGGAAGUCUCAGACGGAGAAGAAAAAACUCAGGGAUGUCUUUAAGAAAGGAGACCUCUAUUUCAACAGUGGAGACCUCCUAAUGAUCGAUCGGGAAAAUUUCGUCUAUUUUCAUGACAGAGUUGGAGAUACAUUCCGGUGGAAAGGAGAGAACGUAGCUACCACUGAAGUCGCUGACAUAGUAGGACUGGUUGAUUUUGUUGAGGAAGUGAACGUCUACGGAGUGCCCGUGCCAGGUCAUGAGGGUCGAAUUGGGAUGGCCUCGAUCAAGAUGAAAGAAAACUAUGAGUUCAAUGGAAAGAAGCUCUUUCAGCACAUCUCGGAGUACCUGCCAAGCUACGCGAGGCCUCGGUUCCUGCGAAUCCAGGAUUCCAUUGAGAUCACUGGGACUUUUAAACACCGCAAAGUGACCCUGAUGGAAGAGGGUUUUAACCCCACAGUCAUCAGAGAUGCCUUGUAUAUCAUGGACGACACAGCGAAAACAUAUGUGCCCAUGACCGAGGACAUUUAUAAUGCCAUAAGUGAUAAGACUCUAAAGCUCUGAAUAUUCCAGGGGACCAUCUCAUAACAUUUCCAGGAGAAACUCAAUAGACCUAGCAUAGUCAUUCGAUAUAAUCCAACUUUAAUUUGAUUGAAGAUUCUAAGGUACAAUUGUUUUAGGAAAUUAUUCACUAAGAGAAGGACAGUUUUUCUUUUCUUUCUUUUUUUUUUUUUAAUUACACCUGAACUUUGCAAGUAAAAAGAUUUAGAAACAAUUAUUUUCCAAUGUGCGUCUGCCAUUUGUCCUUGCAAACUAAGCGUUUUGGAGGAAGGGCGUUUUUUUUAAAAAGCGUAAUAAACUUAUUAACACUAA